UUGAGUUUGAUUGAAGAUUGAAGAGCGAAGGUCCAACAGGUUGAAGUUUCUGUUGAUUUAGUUCCAAAGUACAAUUCUAGAACAAUUUAGAGUAACCCAAUAUUCUCAAAAAUAUGGCUCGUGUUUUAGUCGGUGUAAAGAGAGUAAUUGAUUACGCUGUAAAGAUUCGUGUGAAGCCUGACAAAACUGGUGUUGUAACCGAUGGUGUCAAACAUUCCAUGAACCCAUUUGAUGAGAUAGCUGUAGAAGAAGCUAUUCGGUUGAAAGAACAGAAAGUAGCUAAUGAAGUGAUUGCUGUUUCUUGCGGACCACAACAAGCUCAAGAUGUUCUUCGUACUGCUCUUGCAAUGGGUGCAGAUAAGGCAAUUCAUGUUGAAGUUUCAGCCAAGGACUAUGAAACUUUGCAACCUAUUCAUGUAUCAAAGAUUCUUGCUAAGAUAGCCCAAAACGAAAAGGCAGACCUUGUCAUUGUUGGUAAACAGGCAAUUGAUGAUGACUGCAAUCAAACUGCCCAGAUGACAGCUGGAUUUCUUGAUUGGCCUCAAGCAACUUUUGCUUCUAAGAUUGAGAAGAGUGAUAAUCAUAUUGUGGUGAAAAGAGAAAUUGAUGGUGGAUUAGAAAAUAUCAAAUGCAAACUUCCUGCUGUGAUAAGUGCUGAUUUGCGUCUGAAUGAACCAAGAUAUGCAACAUUACCAAAUAUUAUGAAAGCUAAAAAGAAACCUCUUACUAAGGUGACACCUAAGGACUUGGGUGUGGACACAACCCCCAGGAUUCAGGUUGUUUCAGUUGAAGAUCCACCAGUUCGACAGGCCGGAGCGAUUAUACCUGAUGUAGAUACAUUGAUAACAAAAUUGAAAGAAAAAGGACAUGUUGCAUAAUAUAAAAGUUGUUGAAAAUACUUGAGAUAUUUUAUAUACGAAUAUAAAGAUUAUUUACA